CCAAUUCAUCAGCAUUUAGUUUAUCAGUCAUGUCUUUUCAAACACCUUCGAAUCUUGUCAAGGAGUCCACAUCCGCCAAGACUUCUACCGAUGCCUCUACCACAUUUAUUCUCAAGGCUGGUCUUGCACAGAACCUCAAGGGAGGAGUGAUUAUGGAUGUGAUCAAUGCUGAACAGGCACGUAUUGCUGAAGAGGCUGGUGCAUGUGCCGUCAUGGCUUUAGAGCGAGUUCCUGCUGAUAUUCGUAAAGAUGGCGGUGUUGCCCGUAUGUCCGAUCCCGACAUGAUCAAAAAGAUUAUGGCAGCAGUCACCAUUCCAGUUAUGGCCAAGGUUCGUAUCGGACAUUUUGUCGAAGCUCAGAUCCUUGAGCACAUUGGUAUCGACUACAUUGAUGAGUCGGAGGUGCUCACUCCUGCUGACGAGUCCAACCACAUUGACAAGAACAAGUUCAAGGUUCCAUAUGUAUGUGGAUGCAAGAAUUUGGGAGAGGCUUUGCGUCGUAUCAACGAAGGUGCAGCCAUGAUCCGCACCAAAGGUGAGGCAGGCACUGGAAAUGUUGUGGAAGCAGUCCGUCAUGCACGAACUCUGUUUGGUGAGAUUCGACGUGCUCAGGCCAUGACUGAUGAAGAGCUGUAUACAUAUGCCAAAGAUAUUCAAGCUCCAUACCAUCUUCUCAAAGAAACUGCCCGUCUUGGUCGUCUUCCUGUUGUCAACUUUGCUGCUGGUGGUGUGGCUACACCUGCAGAUGCAGCACUCAUGAUGCAGCUUGGUGUUGAUGGUGUAUUUGUUGGAUCUGGCAUUUUCAAGUCUGGCGAUCCAGCCAAGCGUGCACGAGCAAUUGUGCAGGCAGUCACACACUAUAAUGACCCAUCUGUCAUUGCCAGUGUUUCUGAGAACUUGGGAGAAGCUAUGGUUGGUAUCAACUGUGACACACUUCCAGCUGACCAAAAGUUUGCUGCUCGUGGCUGGUAAUCAUCUAUAUUGGUUUAUUUUUAUGUUGUAGGCUUUCUUGUGCUUCAUCUUUGAUUUUCUGUGCAAUGAAAGUUUUAUCAGCAAGAUCAUAAACUUUACAGUCGUCUUCAUAUAAAUGGAACCUUGUAUUUAACUUGCAUUGACUCUAUUUUGGAAUAGAUAAUGGUUAAAUAUUCGUUUCACCUGUUAAAAGUUGAUUAUUGAAUAAAUGGUAUCAACUCUUUAAUAG